AUGCAUUUACUCUGCUUUAAUGUUCGUGGUCUCGAUCUACGUUGGGGGGAAGAUGGUGAUAAAGCUGAACGUUUACUCGAAUGGAUGGACACAUGUUCCCUUGGUCCUUUUGUUCCAGAUUCUAAUACAUCUCUUCGAUCGGAUCGUACAAUUGAUUAUGCCUUAGCAGCCGGUAUGAAUCUAUCAAUUCAAACAUCUGAAGAUGACACUUCUAGUGAUCAUAAGCCUCUUCUUAUGGUGCUUGCAUGUGAUACAGUUUUGAAGCUUGAAGGAUCGCGUAUAAUAUGGUCAGUUUUUUCGCUAAUGCUUUCUUAUACAUAUGCAUUCUGGGAAAAAGAAUGGAACUCCGGACCGUAUGAUAUUACAUAUGAACGAUUUAUAUCUUUUAUUGUAUCGCUUGCUGCAAGAUGUACGCAAUACUUUCCACUCAAGCGAGCCAGACCGUCGGUACCACAUGAACUUAUGACACUCCUAGCACGAAGUAGAUCACUAUCGUACAAAGCAAAGCGGAAGGGAGAUAUCUUUCUACGCCAGAAAGCUCGUCGUCUUAGGAACAUCGCUCGCUUCGAAUUAAAACGUUAUCAGCAGUUUCAUCUCACACAACAGUUAAAGGAAAGACAUGUUCCUGGUGAGUGCUCGAGAGUAUUCUGGAGUAAAACCAAAAGUCAUUUUCGAACUGCUUCAUCAUCAUUAAGAGGUUCCUUACUUCUGAACGGUGAAAUAAUAAAGGACCCGCAAGCGAUGGUAGAUACAGUGGCAAAUUAUUAUGAAACACUAUUUGAAGCACCGGUGGUCGUUCGUCGGCAUCCAUAUGUUGAUGCCCCUACUGUACAAUGUGUAAACGUGUCGGAACUUAUACCACUAGUCACUUAUCCAGAAGUUUUAAAUGUUCUACGUACAAGAAAGAAGAAACAAUCGCUUGAUAUACAUGGACUCUCACCAUUUCUGCUUGAUAAAAUCCCUAAAAAUUAUUGGCACUUAUUUGUUAAGUUGUACAAUGAUUCUUUCACUAAUGGUUACAUAUUGAAGAAAUUUAAAGAAGUAAGAAUGGUACCACUGGCUAAGAAAAAUGCUAUAUGCACUCCGGAUCAAACAAGACCUAUCUCGUUGCUUGACUCUUUUUUAAAAACGCAAGAAAGACUGUUUCUCAAUCGUUUUCUACAAGUAUUGAAGGACCGAGGCAUUCUUCCUGAUAAUCAAUCUGGUUUUCGGGCUGGGCAUAGACAUCAAACACGUGUGCUACUGCUCAUUGAACAAAUGUCAUCUUACAUGUCAAAUAGUUCGCCGGUUGCGACAGUCUUCGUUGAUUUUAAAUCUGCAUUUGAUCAACUUUGGUUUGAAGGGUGUCUGGGAAAGUUGAUUCGAAUGGGAAUUCCAAGUAUGUAUGUCAAAUGGAUUCAAGCAUGGUUAAAUGAUCGUCAAGUGACAAUCGAGAUACAAGGUAAAAGAUCGAGAUGGAUCAAUAUUAACAGAGGUGGCCCGCAAGGGUCUAGUUUAACACCAACGUUAUUCAUUACUUAUCAUAGUGAUAUGGAGGAUUUUAUUCCCGGGGCAAUGUCCUUCUUCUUUGCUGAUGAUCUCGCAGCUGUAUUGGCGGGACAAAUCGGAUUAAAAUUUACAGAACAAUGUGUUGAUCUGGAACGAAGACUACAAAAGUUUUUCGAACAACUGGAAUUCUACUCGAUAUUAGCGGUGCAACCUAUUAAUUACUCUAAAACACAAAUUAUGUUCUCGGCGCGUGCUGUUUGUUAUCCGAACCCAAUGCCACAAGUUAGAUGUGGAGAUAAUACGAUCGAAUGGACUUCCUCGUUCAAAUAUUUAGGAUACUGUUUAACAACUAGGCUUGGGUGGGGAAAUGUCAUCGGUAAAACUCAAGUAACGGUACGCCAGAAAACCGCAUUAGUAAAUUCGUUCAGAAUUAAUGGUACAUCAUCAACUCAACUUCGAAGAAUUCUGUUUUCUACCUUUGUACUACCUUACUUUACGUGGUUGUUCGGAAUUUAUCCCUUAUUCACUGAGAGGCAGCGCACGGACCUUAAUCAUCUAUAUUUUACGUUGUUAAAACGUAUAUCUUCGUGCCAAUGCUGGGAUGACUUUCUCUUCUCGUCUAUUUAUAAUGAAAAAUCGUUGGAUGAUCUCUGCUUCGGAUAUUGGGAAAAAUAUACAAAGGCACUGUCGAAGUCAAGAGAUGGAUCCCUGUUAUCGGAACAAUCAGAAUUAAAUUCUCACAGACGAGCUUGGCAGAUGUGUACACAAUGUGUUCGCUGUCUGCAUAGAUCCAAAAGAUUUGUAU